UUUGAACGGUACACCUGGUACGAAGACUCGGCAGCACGUGCAGUGGCACUCAUCGGGAGCACCACUGGACAUCGACCGUCAGUGGAAGUCCUGCGAAGCCAUCUCUCAAAUGAGCUCAAAGGCGAGAAGGGAGGUCUGCCUCGGCUCACGCUGAAGAGAGUUAGCAAGGGUAACACGAGCUGAUGCUGGCGUCUGCCCAGAAUGGCUGGCAGUCUGAUUCUGACUCAGGAAGACGCGACAGUAUUCGGUAUGAGGUCGGAUGCCCCCAAUGGGAAGUACCAGCUGGAGCUGAGCGCAGAAUACGAGACAGGGUUCCUGACCGUCGACCAGCUUACGUCAGAAGAGGUGACAGAAUUCGAGGGUGUCAAGAUUUGCUUCAAAAUCUUUCGAGGAGAGGCAGCCCUCGAAGGAUGGUAUCCACUGAGAGCGCGCAAGCCCACAGGCGAUCUCUGUUAUCUCUUGCGCGAGGUGAUGGCCGCGCUUCGCCACCUCGCUCUCGCUUCAGAGAAGGAGACGACCGAUUGAACGCCACAAGGACCAUAUGUACAGGCGGACAGGAUCUAUACUCAGUCCAGCCUCGUUCUGCACAAAGGACCGACGGAUCAAGAGAAAUUCAAGACACGCAUCAAAUACUACUGCUUUCGUUGAUCCUUCUCCCGUUGCCGCUCUCCUCCCAACCACCGUGUCUGCCGUUGUCAAUGUGAGCGCUGAGAAUCCCAGAAAUGAGAUCCAUAUCUUCCAUCUAUCAAUGGACCCUGAAUCUGAGUGUGAGGAAGAGUAGAAAGAAGGCCCCGAGAAACGAG